AUGAGCGCAGACUGUUCAGUUGGGAACAAUCCGCUAGCAAAUUUAAGUAAACACGCUCAACAAGAUCGUAGUUUACAUCAUGCGGGGACCUUCAGCGACACUAAUCAUGGAGCGCAAAACCGGUUCAGAACACAGGAAAGUAAGCUGAGCGACGCCAAUAGAAGGCAUAUGGAGGCGUUUUUAGGUCAGAACAGCUUAGAAAAUCCCAGGAUGGUCGCUGGUGGACACCCACCACCUCUUUCAGAGUUUCAACAAAACCCACAAAACAUGCACCUUCAACAACAGAGCCGACUUCCUUCUAGCGACUGGAGCCAGCAAUUUCGAGGUAUGUCGCCGUCCGAGAAAAUUAUGGAGCAACAAAACACGACCAGCCGGGCCCUUUCACCUCAAGUAGGGCACAGUUCUUCACAGGAGCGACUGCAUAUGGGCUCCCGCAAUACCAUGACCCAAUUUGGCCCGCGGCUGGGCUCUGGAAUGAUCACGCCCAUUUCAAGAUACCAACAGCACAACCCUCAAAUGACUCACUCUCAAGAACCACUGCACGAAAGCAUUAACCAAGAGUCUUGGGAUGAACAAUUCAAAGAACUCGAGAAGGAAGUAGCAGAAAAAUUGGCUCUUCACGAAGAGGAAGUUUCCAAUCAGAAGAGUCAAACAGUAGUUGGCGAGCAAGCAGGUGUGAGCGACCAAUAUCAAGCCGAAUUUCAAGAGGUGUGGGACAAUUUACACGAGGAAGCAAUGGAAGGUGGUGCAACUGACGACUGGCAAAAAGAUUAUCAGCGGUAUAUGUCCGGUCGUCCAGCAACAAGCGCACCAUACAAGUUCGAAUCUGAAAACCAAUAUCUGCAUAAUCCAAACGCAUAUGAAAUUGGGUGCAUUCUGAUGGAGAACGGAGCGAAACUAAGUGAAGCAGCGCUUGCAUUUGAAGCAGCGGUUCAAGACGACCCACAGCAUGUGAAUGCGUGGCUUAAACUGGGCUUGGUUCAUACACAAAAUGAAAUGGAGUAUAGUGGUAUUAGUGCCUUGGAAGAGUGCUUACGGCUUGAUCCAAAAAAUCUGGAUGCUAUGGUCACUCUGGCUAUCAGUUACAUUAAUGAAGGCUACGAUGUCAGUGCCUUCAAAAUGUUAAACAAAUGGCUGGAGAACAAGUACCCGGACUUGGUCGCACAUGAUGAAGGCUUGGAAACCAGCGUUGAUCGCUAUAGCAUGGGACAAGCUAUCACCUUGCGGUUUUUGCAAGUGGUCAACAAGCUAUCCCACGUGGAUGCCAGCCUUCAGCUGGGUCUCGGGAUCCUCUUUUACUCUAACGAUGAUUACGACAAGACAGUUGAUUGCUUUAAAGCCGCGUUAGCAGUAUCCCCCGAUGACGAGCUGAUGUGGAAUCGCCUGGGCGCAUCACUAGCGAACUCCAAUCGCUCGGAAGAGGCGGUUCAGGCAUACCGCAAAGCACUUCAACUCAAACCCACAUUUGUAAGGGCCCGCUGUAACCUGGCUGUAUCUUGUAUGAAUAUGGGCUGCUACAAAGAGGCUGCAGAGUAUCUACUAACAGCUCUCACCAUGCAGGAAGUUGAAGGAGUGCCGCUAUCGGAGACGGCCGCAAGCCAGAAUUUGCUUGAGACGCUGAAGAGAGCAUUUAUAGGCAUGGAGAGGCGUGAUCUUUUGGACAAAGUUCGUCCAAACAUGGAAUUGGGAACUUUUCGCAAGGAAUUUACGUUCUGA